AUGCUCCCCUUCUCUCGGCCACGGUGCCAGAGACUCCUGAUACUUCAAGCUCCCUAUAACACUACCAUAAGAACGAGCGCACCCUCACCAUGCCAUACCCUCUCUCGCAGAUACUACGGGGGAAUAGUACGAGCAAUUGUAUCGAAACAUGUUGAGAGCAUCUCCGAUACCCUCAGCCCGGUCCUGCCACCGAACCUACGAAAGCGAGUCGAUCAAGCGAAGGCCGAGAUCACGCAUAGAGCAAACAGCUCACAUAUACCGAAUACCAUCAAAACCAAGCCAAUUGAACUAGAAGAUGAUGUCUCGACGGAAAGCCAGAGGGGGCUUGAUGCUGAGACGAAUAUCCAGACUCAAGUCCGGCGGUUGAUGAGACUGGUACCUCAUCCAGUUGCGAUAGUUACUUCGACGGAUCCCAACUCUCCGUCCAAUGCAGCAUUCAGAGGAAUGACGGUAUCUUCAUUCAACACGGUGACACUGAACCCAAAGCCAGUGAUAUCGUUUAAUGUCAAGGUACCAUCAGAGACGUACAACGCCAUUCGUUCUUCUUCCCGGUUCCUCGUUCACCUUCUCUCUCCUACGGAGGCUAUGGCAAGACUGGCGCUGGAGUUUUCGAAAGGAUAUGAAAACGUAGCUAAGAGAGGAGAUGAGCAGCGUACUUCCUUCUUUCGAUUCAGUGCGCCCAGUGAUGUUGAAGCAUCGCCUUCAUUCGAAAGCGGGGAGCCGCCGCGUUUGGUGAUAAAUGGGGGGCAACCAGGAGAAGAGCUGGAAACACAGCUUUCUCAUUUCCCGUUCAUAUUUGAGUGCCGGUGUCUACCACAAACCACGCGAGUUGGAGAUCAUGUGGUUGUAUUCGGGACGGUGGUGAAUGUCUUUUCUGACCAAGCUGUGAAUGUGGACACUGUGCAUGCGGCGAGAGAGCUGUGCCUUUCAUAUGCCGACACCAGGUUCUGGGAGAUGGGUGAGGUCGUCGUACCUUCUUCCCUGUCAAAGUAA